CUCACAUUCACGCCGGAAAAAGUCCACCGUCCGCCCGCGUUUUCCCUUCUCCCCCACCUCCCCAACCCCAACCCAGUCUAACCAGUCUUUCUUUCCCACCAAGAACACCUCCAAUCCCACACCAGUCCGCUCCAAAUCUGAUCCGCCCCCACCAUUCCCACGAACCAACUCCCCGUUCCCCUCGUCUUGGCACGAGGCGCGUCGGCCCCAUCGCCCCGGAUCGGAGGAGAGGCGGCUCCGGUGCUGCCUGGCGCCGACCCCCCCGCUCAGAUUCGGAUUAGGGUUUUUGGACGUGGUCGUCGUCUUGGGUUUGCGCCGCUGGUUUGAAAAUGUCGGCGGCCGUGUCUUGCGCAGAGAGGGCGACGAGCGACAUGCUGAUCGGCCCCGACUGGGCCGUCAACAUCGAGCUCUGCGACAUCAUCAACAUGGAUCCCGGACAAGCAAAGGAUGCACUUAAGCUCCUAAAGAAGCGCCUUGGGAAUAAGAAUUCGAAAGUGCAAAUUCUGGCCCUUUAUGUGUUAGAGACUCUAAGCAAAAAUUGCGGGGAUAUUGUUUACCAACAGAUCAUUGAGCGUGAUAUACUAAGUGAAAUGGUUAAGAUAGUAAAGAAAAAGCCAGACUUAAACGUCCGGGAGAAAAUAUUGAGUCUGAUUGACACAUGGCAAGUGGCUUUUGGAGGUCCUUCCGGGAGAUAUCCUCAGUACCACACUGCGUACCAAGAACUCAGGGCAGCUGGUGUCGAUUUUCCGCCUCGCGAGGAGAAUACAGUUCCACUGUUUACACCUCCUCAGACUCAACCUUUGAGGCAGCCACAUCUAUAUCCUCCAGGUCAAAGCUAUGAAGAUGUAGCUAUACAAGCUUCUCUCCAAUCUAGUACCCCUGCUGCACCUCCCCUGAGUCUAAGUGAGAUCCAGAGUGCUCGAGGAAUUGUGGAUGUGCUGGAUGAGAUGUUAAAUGCACUUGACCACAGGCACCCCGAGGGUGUGAGGGAGGAGGUCAUUGUUGACCUUGUUGGGCAGUGUCGUUCUUAUCAUGCUCGUGUGAUGGAUCUUGUUAGCGAUACUGGUGAUGAGAGCCUUCUGUUUCAGGCUCUAGGACUAAAUGAUGAGUUGCAGCGUGUUCUUCAGCGUCAUGAUGACAUAGCAAAAGGAGUCUCUCCAAAUAUACCAGUGCCUGUUGCUGGUAACAUAAACCAAGGGACAGCCCCUCCUCGGCCUGCUGGGGCUUCAUUUGCCCCCCUUCUUAAUGUACACCAUGAGGACGAUGAACCAGAAGAUGAGUUCUCCGUGCUUUCCCGCAGGUCUGCAAGGGAUGGCGCAGCAGCACAGGGCAACAUGUCUUCUGUUCCAAGAAAUGAAAGGCCAUACCCAAGCCCACUUCUUCCUCCACCACCAUCGACAAAAAGGCCUGUUUACACAGAGGCAAGCAGUGUCGACUAUCUAAGUGGGGAAUCGUAUAAGUCUGAAAAAGUACCAGAUGAUUUUGUCAACCCAAUGGCCCCAGCCAAUAUGUCUGCACCAUCUCAUUCAAAAACAGAAACAGAUCAAGUGCCAAAUUAUGAUAGCAGAUCAGAAAAUGUGCCUGAUGACUUCAUAAACCCAACUGCAGCACCCAGUUUCUCCAUGCCUUCUCGUCCUACGAGUGAGCCGUCUGUGAAUAAGCUUGAGAGCCUUCCUGAUGAUGACUUUAUAAACCCCACUGCCCUUCCUGGUUUCUCUUCGUCUUCAACUAGUGAAGAUCUUCCAAAAGCUCCAUGGGAAGCUCAAGCUCCAGUUUCCCUACCGCCUCCUCCUGCAAGGUAUGGCCAAAGACAGCAGUUCUUUGAGCAACAACAUGGCUUUCCUGGUGAGAACAAUGAAGGUGGCUACGAUGAGAUGCUGACGCGGACAGAAAGCCUUUCUCUUAAUCAAAGGAACACUGAGAAUGGGAAGAGCGCAUCAGUGUCGACAGCAUCCCGCCAGCCCAAACCUGAGGAUGCCCUUUUCAAGGAUCUUGUUGAUUUUGCCAAGAAGAAUCCAUCUUCUCCAUCUAAACCAGCCAACAGCCGCAGGACUCGCUGAGUGAUGAGUGUUUCAGUCAUGUAACACACAUAAUUGAGUUGCCAAGCUGCUGGUUUUGCUACAGGUUGGCGAAUUAGAUAUGCCAUCAAAUAAGAGGGUUCGGUCGGUCUGUUCUUUAUUGCCUCGGGAAUUAUUUGGUUUGCGCAUUGGACAAUUAGAAUCACAGGUGUCAGAUACGUAAUCAUGAUACUGAGUGUGGUGUGUAGCGAGUUGCAUUUCUCACCUUUUUCUUGUGUGGUAUUGGUUAUCGAUUCUGGCUUUAUUUUACUUAGCUGUAUAUAUUUCUCCAUUUGACAGCAGUAUUCUUCUAUUCAUAGUUGAGUUUACAAUUUGAUCUUGUAAGACUUA